AUGCCUACCGUCAGCGUCCCGAAUUUCGAGAACGAAGAUUUAUUGAGUGCAAGACUCAUAUCGUUCAUGACCAGUAAUGAGCAUGCGUCAGUUGGAUAUGAACCCAACACGACAACCGGGACUAAAUAUGUGAACUCUAAUUUCAAUACAUCAGGCUGUGCUCUAACUGACUCAGAUGUGCAUGGAUCUAAUGUUGUCAUUCGUUCUCCUUUACACCGAAAUGGGUCGACACCAACUAUGGUCACUUUACAAGACCGCCUCCUCAAUGGAUCCCCUACUGAUGUUUUGGCAUCAACUCAUUCAACGGGCUACGUGUCCGGAUCGUGCACUCCACCACCUGUCCACACACUACCCGGUGCCUCUGGAAAUUUUAUCCCUCUUCACAACCAUAACGGUGUCCCUCCCUACUCGGCCCUAACCUCCCCGUGCCUAAGCAGCAAGUUAAAUCCUGGUGCAAAUGUUCAGCAAUUGUUGGCCUACGGCAACAGUGCGGGACCUGGCGAGUGCCACAGUCUACAGAACUCGCCUAAGGUGGUCAUGCCUACCGUCAGCGUCCCGAAUUUCGAGAACGAAGAUUUAUUGAGUGCAAGACUCAUAUCGUUCAUGACCAGUAAUGAGCAUGCGUCAGUUGGAUAUGAACCCAACACGACAACCGGGACUAAAUAUGUGAACUCUAAUUUCAAUACAUCAGGCUGUGCUCUAACUGACUCAGAUGUGCAUGGAUCUAAUGUUGUCAUUCGUUCUCCUUUACACCGAAAUGGGUCGACACCAACUAUGGUCACUUUACAAGACCGCCUCCUCAAUGGAUCCCCUACUGAUGUUUUGGCAUCAACUCAUUCAACGGGCUACGUGUCCGGAUCGUGCACUCCACCACCUGUCCACACACUUCCCGGUGCCUCUGGAAAUUUUAUCCCUCUUCGCAACCAUAACGGUGCCCCUCCCUACUCGGCCCUAACCUCCCCGUGCCUCAGCAGCAAGUUAAAUCCUGGUGCAAAUGUUCAGCAAUUGUUGGCAUAUGGCAACAGUUCGGUACCUGGCGAGUGCCACAGUCUACAGAACUCGCCGUUUUAUCAUCACUAUCCUCUCAACGGCAAUCUUCAGAACCAAAUUCAUCGACAGCUCGGUGGAAUGUCUCCCGGUCCUGUGGGAACUAUGAUUCCCAAUGGAGUCAGUUCAGGAAUACAAAGUAUUGGAACACCUCGCUCCGGUCUGUAUCAGGACACUGCGUUUCCAAUGGGAAAUAAUUUUCGUCCACUAAACGGUAGUGCUGCUCCUGGGUGUCCACAGCGGGAGUUAUUCCCUUCUGCUAAUCCGUCCUCAGCUCCAAAUCAGAGUUUAUUUGGCUCUGGUCUCUUGAUUCAGGAUCGCCUUCACUACUAUGCGCUAGCCCAGAAACAUGGCUACAUUGUGGGUGCUGAGUUGGAGAGGGUCAAAGAAAAUUCCUGCCGUUCUACCAGUCAGUCAUAUGGACGUAUCGCGGCCCACUUUCGGCAUCGUUAUGGUGAGACCGAAGCGAAAACCAAGGCAGCUUAUUUACAGAUUGGGGUUCGUGUGCCUAGCAAGGAUCAUGUCUCUGAAAUCGUCGGAAAAGGGGGUCAAAAGAUCAAACUUAUACGUGAAGAGACCGGUGCUUUAAUUACCACUCCAGGAGAGCACGAAGAACAUGUGUUCAUCAUCGAAGCCCCGCCGGAGAUUGCUAUGCGUGUUGCUCACCAUUUGAGCACACGAGCUCAGGAAAUCACCCAAAGCAAGCUAGCGGCAGGAGAAAGGAGGCGCGGUUCAACCAGUUCACAACCUUCCAGUGGUAGCAGUGGUGGUGGAUUGGAUGGCAACGGUAUAUCGACUGGUAGCUUCAACGGAACUGGCUCAAACUGUCCCACUUCUGGAAGCGGGUUACUCGCCCCGAUUGGUGGCCCACCUCCCUCGAACCUACUAUCACUUGGAAAUAGCACUACGAAUUCUCCGUUGCAUCCUACGGCCGGUGCUUUGUUACAAGCUGGCACUAACGGUGCUUUGCGGACACCCAAUGGAUCUCUAUAUCCCGGUCAGAUGUCCAGCCUACCUUCCAGUCCGUGCAAUUCAAGCAGCCUCAAUAACCUCGGGGGUACCGGUGGUGUUGGCGGUCACGGAGGUCAGGGAAAUCUUAACGGAGCUGGUUCUAGUGGAGGUGCGGGUCUCUUCAUAUCACCCAACACCCCCGGAAGUCGUAUUCUUCUUGCUCGUGGCAGGAUCUCAGUUCCUCAGGAAUUGGUUGGAAAAAUUAUCGGGACUCAGGGCUCCAUCAUCACAACCAUUCAGAAAGAUACUGGAACAGAAAUCAAAAGCCCACCAAAGGAAGCUGCCAGAGGCCCAAACGCUACUUCAGAGUUCGAGAUAUCUGCAUAUCAAGGUGUUGGCCUUAGUUCGAAUCAAGCCGCAGAAUGCCGUGUGCAACAAGCCAAGCAAUUGAUUGGACAUCUGGUAAUGCGUCAACUCGAGCGUCGUGCUAGUGAGGAAAUUGACGAAGCUUCGGGUUCGUCUAAUCUCAGUUCAGAUGACCAAAGAAUGGGGUUGGGUGGUGGGAACACACCGCGAACAACUACUGCUUGGAUGUGGCCUGAUGUAGCCCAGAUGGAUUCACAAGAGGCGCGAGAGGUUUUAGAUCGAAUUUUAGCUGAAUCGAAAAAUAAAACCCGCCGUGCCAAGGAACUGGCGGCAGCAGCGGCAGUCUCUGCUGGACCAUCUCCCACUUCGAGUGGACCUUCGUUGUCCAACCCUGGAAACGCAAUGCUUGGUCUCGGAGGUGCUGGAGUCCUGGGACAAGAGUCGACGACACACCAUUUCCGUUCUCAAUUGAUGGGAACCGCUGGUUUGUUUGAUCAGUCAGAAUCAUCGGAAUGCAAUGAGUCAAUUGUGGAUUCUGCGGGAUCUGGAUUGUUCGCUUCCUCGAAUACAUUUACACACCGAAAUUCUUCAAGCACGUUGGUGGAUGAUCCACAGAACAGUGGACUGGGGCGUGGGCAGCCCUGCAGUCCUCGCUCUAUUUCAGGUUUUAAUCUACACGAUCAGAAUGAUCUGAUGUCAACAUUCUCUCGUGCACCUGGGCCUUCUAAUAUGAACGCGGAUAUAUGGAACCCGCUGUCGAGUAUGGUGAACAAUACCAGCGGCAACAGUCACAAUCCCACCCACACAACAGACGCUACCGGUCAUCUACAGAAUCUGAUAAGUUCCUCCUCAACACUCAACGCCAUCUUCACUUCGUCUCCACCACCUCCACUCAGUGGAACCGACAGCAUGAAUGGGCUAUUGCGUAAGCAGAUUAGCUUGACUACUCACAAUAGUGGCUUCACCGGAUCGAAGCACACGUUUGACGAGUCCAAUGUAUUCAAUUUCAACGACCUAACCGGGACAACUAACUGUGCUGGUUUCGGCUCUGUCGGUGAUCUGAGUCCCACACUGCUGAUGCACUACCGAUCGCAACACUAUCACCAGCAUCAACAACAACAACAACAACACAGUCAGUACCAACAACCGUCCGACUUACUUCAUCAGCCAUUAACUCGCCGUCAUAGUGAUUGGGUUGUCAGUUCUGCAAAUAUUUUGGGUGAUUUGACCACACGUCCGGGUGUGGGUGUGGGUCGUCAGUUAUCCAAUCAGCUAGCUACUGCUACUAAUCGUCUUGGCUUGGGAAACCAAGAGACGUCUGGUCAACUUUCGGAGCAGGCCUCCAGUCCCUAUAAUUCCCCCGGGGGGUUCGACUUUCUACGCGCGCUGGACCAGCUGUGUCUCAAUUCGGGGGUUGAUAACACUCCGGAAAAUGGUGUGACGAUGGGUCAUUGUCCUCCUGGUUUCGAACCGUUACAAAACUACCCCUCGGGUGCGAUAGAACAUGGGCUCUCUCCGGUGAAAACUGUCGUUGCUGAUAUUGAUCUGAGUGAGAAGAUCGUGAACUCUGUGGGUGGUCCGUGGUCGAAUAACGACGCCAGUUCCGGGUCCUUAUUUCUGCCUCCAUCGCAGGCGUCUCGAGACUACAGCGGUCCAAGCUCAUUUUCGAAACAAUCCCUACUUCGCUCCCUGUUCAGUGACAAUGACAAUGUUGGUGUUCAAUCGGAUGAGACCGAUCCCAAGACAUCGACGGCAGCCCGUUUAAAUGCCAUUUGGUCCCAGAAAUCCGGACUCCAGUCAGAUGUCGUCAGUUCGUCAUCAAAUCAGACAAUGAUUACGGUGUCCGAUGAAGGCUCUUCAUUCACUUUCCCCUACUUCGAUUCUACCGCGGCCUUAGUUGACAUACAGGAAGAGGAGCAAAUGUUACCCAAAUCCGAUGCUUGUUUCUCCAUGAAUUUCCAGUUGGUCGGUUCUACUGGCUGUUCACCCAGUGAUAAUUCUUCUGCACGUUGUGGAGCUAUAGGUGAUGGGCGUCGUCGACGGCGUCAAAGUCCGCAAUCUGAGCUCGACUCAAUGCAACAAUCCCUCUCAGUCCCGCCUGCUAUCACAUCUGUCACUGAGGUUGCCUAGAGUUCACAGAGAUUUUUCAGAUGUUCCCGAGUUUCACGACCAUCAACUACUCAAUUGUUAAUACACCUCCCCCCGUCCGCAGAAUGAAACACAACAAUCAUAAUUAGAGCCUAAAAGAAUCGUGAAUAAAACGGAUCGUUCGUUCCUGAGUUAUGCUGUUAUUUUCCGUGAUUCCUUUUCAACUAGAACGGUCAAACUGCCACUGUUCCUAUCUCUCCUUUCCACCCAUUGUCGUACAAGCCUCACAAACGUUUUACUAAUAUCAGUAUCAAUAUUACUAUGCGGUACUAUCUCUCUGGAUCGUCGAUACCGUUGCAAUGUUUGUUUUCUUCCUUUUUACUGGUGACUGUUCUGGUGAACCCAGGUUCAUUGUUUAUACCGAUCUGGCUGGACGAACAUUGAUCUAUUUUUGCACUGUUCAACGAACCAACCAAGCUACUCCAUCUUGCAGACUACGAUACUGUUGCCUUUUGUUCUACACCGCCCACACAUAUGAGCUUUUCAGAUCGCUCGCUCGACGUCUGUGUGUGUGUGUAUCUUACAUUCUCCGUUUCGCUCAUUUUGUGCGCUGCUGCAUCCAUUCACUUGUCGCCGCCCCUCAAACCACUCGUUCCACAGCCAAUAACAGGCGCACUGCACGUCUGUUGCCUCUCAGGGGCUCUCCCAAAACCAUCUUCAGACACCCCAGUCAUCCAGUCGAGACCAACAUUAGCACUCCUAGAUUGUCUUCCCUGACAACUGUCCAAUGGUCUUCAGCAAGCAGUGGAUGGUCGCUACUCAGAUAUCGUUUGCUGUUUGUUCGUGUAUUUCUACACCCUGACAAAUUUUGUUCGGCUUUUGUCAGUUACUUGUCUGUCCCAAUGCUUCUGUACGCUGGGAACUGCAGCCCCUUCCGAGUGCCCAGCCAUUGCUAACAUUUCUCUCCGGUUCCUCUCCAUCAACACCGUCGAACACUCCUCCCGCACGCAUGUGUACCUUCCUGUUUGUCCACGGAUGUGCAAAGCGAGAAACAACACCAACAAUGUCUUCGUGUCUUGGUGGAUAAUAGAGAAAUACUACUGACCUUCAUUUAUCCCCUUAGGUGCACAAUUUAUUUUUCUAUAUUCCCGAUGGACGACAGUUUCCGACAUGAGAAUCGGGUUUUGUCGAUUUGCGUUUUUCGGUUUGAUCACAUAAUCAUAUUCCCGAGUGGCAUUUGAAAUUUCCCCGUUUCCUUUUCAAUCCCCACACUCUCCAUGUGCCCUCACAGUUAGAUGGCAAUCCGUGUCUACUGGUCAGCGGCCUUCAACAAAGCCCCCCAUGUUAUUAUUCCUCUCUCUCUCUCCCACGUCAGUGCCCGACAAAUAGUCCCCGGUUAUCAUUAUUAGCCUGCAUCGCUUGUUCUCGGGGCACGUAUACAUGAACGUUCACCUGUUUUUUUUCUGUUGUAGCCCAUUUCCAUCCCUAUUUUUGCUCGUCAUCCGUUUUUUUUGGAGUAUCGAGUUCCUCCCUUGGGAGCCCUAAAACUCUGUAGCUCUCGGUGAUGUUCCUUUUUUUCAUAGCAAGCCUACCGAAUCGAAUGUGCACUAUUUUGUGACCACGCACUGUGUGGCUUGGGUCUACUCCCUUUUGUUUUUGCUGCUUCAUGGACUACCACUUCGCUGAGUGCCCGCUUUUCCCGUCGCGGCCGCAUUCUUCUGUUGCACGAUUGAAGUGUUUCCGUUCUUAUCACUAAUCGUCUUUUUACUGGUUUUCCUUUCGGUCUCAUCCUCCACCUCCCGAUCCCGAUUCCCCCCGUCUGUCCCUGACAUCAGGCAUUUUAUGUACUCCGUUGCAACUUUAUUUACAACCAGAGGCAAACACAAAUAAUUUCCAUUACGCGCUGCACUAGGUCACAUCAAGAUCCGAGAUACCCGAUAAUGAAAAACCCUGUUCCUAUUAUAUCCUCCGCAUUGAUGUUCAAACAUUUUGGCCGCUCCAGUCGCCAGCUUCAUCUCACGGCAAUGCACUUCAUUAAAACAAAACACACUUCCUUCAUAGACCGUUAUCGUUUUUGUUCUUGUUGUUGUGCUGUCUUUUGUUGUCUACUGUGUGUGUGUGUGCGGUUUUCUAUUGGUGCCAUUACCACCACUAUUGUACUAGUGUUUUUGCCCUAUUUUUAUAAAAUGAAAUCAACAGGCCACGAUCCGACAUUGACAAGCCUGAUGACGUUUCCCUCUCCCCCUACUCAUGUUUUGAACUAGAUACCACGAUCCCAGUGCAGGGUUAUUUCUUGUCCUCUAUUUUCUUGCGCACCUACCGGUUUCUUUUCUACCUAUAAACACACACAUACGCUGUUUGUGUGUGUGUGUGUGUGCAGAACACGGAAACGAACUAUCAGCGCUUUUAUUCGUCUCCGAGGAGCACGUACCUACACCAACACGCACACGCCCACUCAUAACCACAAACUCUAAUUGCUUCGCCGUCACUCUCAACUACCAUGAACGAUAUUCAAGAAGAUGCUUGGAUGUCGGGCUGGGACUGGUUGGUACCUUCGUCUCUUGGAUGAACUUAGUGGAAUCAUCAAUAUUCAAUCCUCACCGCCCAUUUCGGCUACUGUUGUCACGAGGCUCUUGUUGCUCGGACGGUAUUUGUGAGUCUAUCCUUCGGGCCGUACCCACCUGUCUCUUUUCUGUUUAUCCAUCUCACUUGUGCUUGGGUAACCCAUUACCACACUCUCCAACCAUUCACCGUACGUCAACUGCUGUUCUGUUGCGUGGUUGUCUCAUUUCAAAUGACCCUUGUCUUCGGUUGUCACUUCAUUUUGCUCGUCCCUCCUGAUUUCCACAGUUGUCGUCCAUCCAAUUCAUCCAUUUGGGACCUCAUGGAUUUCAUUCUGCACAACGGUGCUCCACGUGUGUGGUUCACUCGAUUCGUCGUACGCUCUUCUAGAUGCUCCAUAAUGCCAUUUUUGUGGACGACGCUCACUCAUGCGCUCCUCCAGAACAGAACCAGCUUGAUAUUUGUGAUGUGUGAGAAGGCGGCUUGUUUUUGGAUAUCAGCAACAGUACAACAGUGAACCAUCUUACACAUGAUUUCCCCACAUCUUCAAUGUAUCUCUCUGUCAGUGUGUGCGUGUGUGUGUGUGUGCGUGCGCGUGCGUGCAUGCGUAUGUAAGCGUACACAUGCACGCACGCACGUGUGUGGUGUUACAUAGCUUUAAUCGCACGUUUCUCAGUACCGAUACAACCACUACUAAUACUAAUACUACUACUACUA